CAAAAAAAGUACCAUCGUACCAAAUUUGCCAUCCCUGCAUGCAAUUAAUCUUUUGCAAACAAAAAUACAAAGUACGUGAAAUGUCGAUAAUAAAGAAAGUUAUGAUAUCUAUUUUUUCGCAAAUGAAUUGAAAAAGCGAUAUACAAUUAUUCAUAUAAAUGCAAAAAAUUUUCAUAAAUAUUAGCUCUAAAAAUAAAAUAAAUACAAACAAACAGGAGAGUUAAAAAAUAUAAAGUAUGAGUAACAACAAUAACAACACACGUAAUAUUUACAAUACAACAGCAGGUAGAUCGAGUAGUAGUGGUGGAGGCGGUGGCCAUAGUUCCAGUGACAAUGAUGAAAUGGAAGUGCUGCUCAGUCAAUCGCCUGCAUCACAACAUGCUAUGGGCAACAUUCAGACAACAAUAAAUAUUGAAAAUGAUAGCCCAGGAACCAGUCAACAACAUCUGCAAAGGCAACAAUUAUUGCAGCAAUUGCGAAGAGAUGCCGAUACCACAAGAAUUAAUAUGGACAUGAAUGUUACCCAUUUACACAGUGCUAAUAGUGUUGACAACUCAAACCUUGAUGAUAGGCAAAGAAUUCCCAAUUUAUUUGCUAUGUUGCGCGAAGCCAGACACCAAUUAAAUCGCUCACAAUCUCUACGAGAUGCUCACCCAAAUGUUACAAUGCCAAAUGGUGAAUAUUCCACAGCUAAUGCACAUCCACGUACUUGGCGUGAAAACUUAUAUGAAGUUUUAUCUUCUCCUGUAACACCGCGUUCAGAUGUUUUACGUGCAAUCUUUGCACCAGUGUCCACAGCUAGUGUACGUUACGACUCUUUACCCACAAACGAUGUAAUACCCGAAGAACAGUUUCAUUUUUUGCUCAAUCGGCAAAAUGCCAACCAGCCUGAAAGCGACUUGCAACCGCCUUUUAGAAGUCAUCACAGCAGUAAUGGCUUAGAAACACAAACCUCAUCCUCUUCAUCUGCCUUAAGAUUGUCAAGACAAAAUUCACGUUUAACCGAAGAUAGGAGUAUAAAUGAAAAUUCCACAUCUACCCCCCAAACACCAGCCGUCGAUAUAUCCCUAGAUAGUAAUGGAACUGGAGGUGGAGGCGGCAGCCGUAGACAAAGCAAUGCUGCCGCCUCGACUGCAAAUGCUGGACGUGUACCACAAAGACAAACAUCCGCUACUGGUAGCACCACAGCUCCUACUAUCGAUAUGAUAGAUGAUGCCGAUACAAAUGCUGUGGGAGAAAUGAUUGUCAAACUCGUUACUCAUUUUGUACGUUACCUUCCAUUUAUAUUUAUUAUAUUCGUCAAGUUUAUACACGAUCAUCUACUGGGUAUACUUGAUAUUUUACUACUACAUGGUGUACUCUAUCAACUAAACAAAUCUUUAAAGGAGCAGAUUGCCAAACUCAAUCAAAAAUCAUAUGCCGUGCUUAUACGCGAUAUGAUUUUAGUGGUUUGUGUUGUAACGUAUCGUUUUAUUUUGUCCACCUCUACUCCCGAUCCCUUUGGUCUUCUAAUAAAUCCUCCAGGAGCCACUAUAACAUUAAAUUUGUUCUCCGCUCAAAAUACGGCUCCAUCUGCAAAUGAAUUAGCAUCGGAAGUGCUUGGUAAACAUCAAAUAGAUGAAGUGCCUGCUUUGCCCACAACCAAUCCUUCGAAUAGUACAAUUUCUGUGGCAAAGACUAUAUCAUUAGGAGCUUUACUUUAUUAUGUUGCCGUAAAUGAUUUGAUAUUAAAACUGUUGACUCAAUUGAUUAAAAUAAUAGUGACUAUGUUGCCAACUAAAGCUAUACGUCAUAAAUCUCGAGCACGUUUAUAUGCUCUGAUUGAAUAUAUUUCUCAAUUCUAUCGGGCCUUAGUACCCAUGAGACAAUGGUUAACAUUUUUAUUUGAGUCCUAUACAGGCUUAGAAGUGAUCUCAGGCAUAUUAUUUUCGGCCUUUUAUAUGGGAGCCAAAGGAUUUGAAUUUGUUGAGCGUGGUAAACCUUUAAAGAAAGCUUUAAUUAAUUUUGUGCGCAAUAUGGACUAUGAUCGUAAACCGACCAAAGAUGAGUUAGAAGCUGCUGGUACUGUUUGCCCCAUUUGUCAUGACUCGUAUACCACACCCGUGGUGUUGGAAUGCGGUCAUAUAUUUUGUGAUGAAUGUGUUAACACUUGGUUUAAGCGUGAACAAACCUGCCCCAUGUGUCGUGCAAAAGUUAGUGAAGAUCCAACCUGGCAAGAUGGUGCCACUACAUAUUUUUAUCAACUAUGUUAAGAGUUUUAAAGAUGAAAUUUUGUCAAACUGUUUUUAUUAACCAUUCGUUAGGUUUUGUAUAACUUCUAUUAGGUAUUUUUAUUUUAAUAUAUUCAAAGUUCAUAUGGA